AUGAGGCUCGCCCUCCUCGGCACCGUCGCAGCUGUAUGCCUCAGCACCCUCGCCCUCAUUGUCGCGCUUGCUCUCGACCUCGCCAUUCUCAUCGCGUCUAGCCCAGAUUUUACAGCCCCUCCUUCUAAUUGGCCGCGCCAACUACCCCUCAAUCCUCCUGUCCGCCGCGCUCAGCGCGCCAAAGCUAAGCGCCUGGAUCCCGCACCCGCCGCUGCAAGGGCCAGCGGAUCGGCCAUACUCUUCACAUUCCGCUACUGUGUGGACUAUUUCGGUGAUUUCACAUACCUUCGUGCAUUGCCUUUCCGUGCCACAGUCCAGGAAGCCGUCGAUCUUUGUGCGGCCGAACAGCUUGUCGACGAUAGUUCGGGGGGCCAAUUCGGUGUCGAAGGGGACGAAAUGAACGCGGGGGACGGAAGACCGGGGACGUACUGGUGCUAUACCACCAUCAGCGCGGAACCUCGUAGAUAUACCCUUGUUGCACCUCGCAUAACUUCCCGAAGUCUAUCAACCACUCCCAAAAUGGCAUCCAUCGUCCAAGCCGCCGCGUCCACCGCGCACUCUGCCUUUGCGUCCCUCGCUUCUGCCUCGCCUGUCAAGGCCGGCGACAAGGUCCCGGAUGUGGAGAUUAGGAUUAACGACAUGGAGGACAAGGUCAACUUUUCCAAGUUGACCGGAAAGAACGUCCUUGUCCUUGUUCCGGGAGCCUUCUCCCCCACCUGCUCUUCUCAGGUCCCGUCCUACAUUGACUCGUACGCCGAGUACACCAAGAAGGGCGUCAAGGACGUCUACGUCGUCACUGUCAACGACAUGUUUGUCGUCAAGGCGUGGAAGCAGCAGAUGCUCGCUGAGGCCAAGAAGGAGAGCGAGACGAGCGUCAAGUUUGCCGCUGACGACGCUGGAACCCUCGCCCACGCACUCGGUCUCGUCCUGGACGCCCAGGCCAUCUUUGGCGGACCCCGUCUCAAGCGCGGCGCCAUCGUCAUCGAGGACGGGCUCGUCAAGAGCGUCGUUGUCGAGGAGAACCCGGGAGCGGUCUCUGUCUCGCACGCUGACGAGGUGUUGAAGCACCUCUAA